ACGUAGAUAUUCGGGAGGCUGAAUCCUGAUUGUGGCGGACACGUCCUGUCACGAUACGUAAUGAAGAGUUAGCGUAACAUCACAAGAUACCGACCGCUGACCAUUGAGGGAGUUGUCCAACUAACAGCGGGAUCCUAUACACCCAGGAAGCCGGGUUCUGGUUUCUACAGCUAACGGGGGACGUUAGCUACAAGUUAGCGAAGUUGCUGAUUAAGUUGUUGCUGCUAAUCUUUCUUUCGCAGGGAGGUGAUGGAGAAAGCUAAACAAGAUGCAUUUGAUAAUGCCAGACUCCAAGUGAUCAAAGAUGGCUAUGAGAGGGCCUUUGAGUGCAUCAAUAAAGGACUGACAGUGGAUGAAGCUGGAGACAAGGCACAGGCCCUGGAGCUCUACAAGCGAGGACGACAGCACCUUCUCAGGGCCAUCAGUGUGCCUUCACGGGGAGAUGAGUGUGUUGGCAGCUCCUGGGAAUCAGCCAGACAGAUGCAGCAGAAGAUGCAGGAGACGCUGAACAACAUAACCACUCGCAUGGCCAUACUCGAGACCAGCUCAGACCUCCCAUCUGCACCCCCUCUGAGCUCCAGCAGUGAGGCUGCGGCUACAGAAGGUCUUUACCCCAAACUGGUUACCAAAGAGAAGCCGGCGCCACAAAACGUGCUCUCUGCUAAAGGCCCAGUGGCUGGGGCUGUGGGAGGCAUGCCUGCAAGCUGCGGUGUCAAUCUACCUCUCGCACCCACUGGACAGCCUGCGGUCCAAAUCGAACAGCCCCCUGCCUACUCUCCUCAGGCGGCCGAUGGCCACUUAUCCAUCUCAUACGGGACCGAUUCAGGGGAGAGGUCACUGGUUGGGGAUGAGUUCUACAGUCGUACGUCGAACUCAACGCCAUCUCCCCAGAGCAUGGGUGAAGACGGACAGGAGCUGCUGUACAUUCCUCACGGUGUACAGAUAUUUUUUGUCACACCCGAGGGGCAAGUGAGCGCCCCGUCGUACCCGGGCUACCUGCGGCUGGUGAAGUUCACCAGUGAUCAGUCUGACAGCAUGCCCAAUCGACCACCAGCAUUUCUGCAGGUGUGUGACUGGCUGUAUCCUCUCAUGGCCACGGACUCUCCGGUGUUGCUGUGUAACACUGGGGUGUUUAUGUUUCCGGACAUGAUGGCGCCAGCUCCAGGGUAUUAUGUCGGGGUGGUGUUGUCCUCUGAGCUUCCUAAUGCAGAGAGAGCACUGUUUCAGGACCUGCUGUCCCAGAUGACAGAUCUCAGGGUUCAGGCUCCAGAUGAGGCAGAAGAAACCGUUAAUCUCAGUCAGAAGGUCCCCAUUGUUUCACCUGAGGAGGCGGCACCAGCAGAAACCGAGGAUGAUAAAACUCUGCCCGAAUGGAGUGAAAAGGUGGCAAAUGGGAUCCUGACAGGUGCGUCUUGGUUAAGCUGGGGUCUGGUGAAAGGAGCCGAGUUUACGGGCAAAGCCAUUCACAAAGGCGCGACUAAACUCAGGGAACACAUCACUCCGGAGGACAAACCGGCCCAGGUCAGCCCCACAGUCACCAAAGGCCUCCACGUCGCAAAGCAGGCGACGGGGGGAGCUGUCAAAGUCAGCCAGUUUCUCGUGGAUGGCGUGUGUACCGUCGCCGGCUGUGUGGGUCGAGAGCUGGCGCCACACGUGAAAAAACACGGCGGGAAGCUGAUCCCGGAGUCUAUGAAGAAAGACAAGGAUGGGCGUUCCAACAUAGAUGGGGCCAUGGUGGUGGCUGCCAGCGGAGUGCAAGGAUUUGCUACCAUGUGGACUGGUUUGGAAACUGCAGCAAAGGACAUUACUAAAAGUGUAGCAUCAGAGACGGUCACCACCAUAAAACAUAAGUACGGUGCAGCCGCCGGACAAGCCACAGACCACGCAGUCAAUUCUGCCAUUAACGUCGGUAUCACUGCCUUCAACAUCGACAACCUGGGGAUCAAAGCUGUGGCCAAAAGGACUGGCAAGCAAACGGCGCAGGCCAUUUUGGAAGACUACAAGCUCCAGGAGAGACCAGAGAAGGGGAAGCAGGUGGAGAAAUUGAAUAAGUAGACGCUAGUGUACUGCCUCAUUCUCUCAGCAGCGCCUUAAAACAAAUCUAGUAUUUCCUAUUGAAUUAAUCUAUUUUUUAUUAACAUCUUCUAUACUUACAACUGUGACAGCUACAAUUAAAUGCAUAUCAUAUAGUUUGAUAAUGUUUGUAUGCACUCUGAUUUUUAUGUCAUAUAAGGUGUAGAAUAUAUAUAUAUAUAAAUAUAUAUAUAUAUAAAAUUAAUUUAUGCAGUAUGCUGCUCAUACAUUCACAUUCAGAUAUUCUCACUGAGCUUGGAAAGUAACAGUUUGCCACUGCCGUUUAUAUGAAGCAUCUAAUGGUAACUAGACAGGAUUCUUUCAUAAUCUCCAUAAACGAAUAUGUGUGUGGGAAAAAAGAAAAUAUGAUUAUCUAUAUUUAAUAUCUCCAUAUAUAAUGUGUUUCAGACACAACGUUGUCAGCUGCAGUUUUUUUUUCUGUGGCGUUUAAAACAUAAAUUAAUUUCUGCUGCUAACUGUGCCUACAGAUAUAAAACGUUAACCCAAAAAUCUCAUAUUUUGUAAAACUUGUCUAUACUCUGUAUUUUUGUAAGAGCUUCAAAACAUAGCUAAAACUGUAAAAUAUCUAAUUUACGUUCCGCUACAAUCUGCAGCGCUGUCUCCCGUAUUCCAGGACAGGUGUAGCCAUGGUUUCAGUGUUUAUAGUGUUUCCUAAAAAGUAAAGCUAUAUUUCUCCCUUGUAAUGUGUGAACAUUUAACAUUUAAUGAAAUUUUGAAGUGCGAUGUUAACUUUGCAAACCAGCUUUAUUUUUUGAGUGAUCUGGUUUUGUCUGUUUUUGAAGUCUACUGUAGCUUUAAGCACUCAGCAGGUGAUUGUCAUUUCCAGAUGGCGUUUAUGUUACGUCUAGUUGCACAUUCAGAUUCUUUGCUGCCUGAAAUAAUUCUCUUAAAUAAAGAGAAAGUGAAAUUAAGUGUA